AUAUAUAAUGCAAAAACCCUAAACAUUAAACAAGCCGCUCGUACCAGUUGCUCUCCAAUUCUCAAAGGCUUCUGUUGCCUCUUUCUUCAUCUCGAGCGUUCUCAGAAACAAUAAUGGCUCCCAAAUCCCAGACGCGUCUAGUAGACCAGCCACCAUCUGCAUCUUCAUCGGAAGACGAGGAAGAAUCCGACCCGGAAGAAGAAACCCAAAACUCCGAAGAAGAAUCCGAGGAAGAAGAUGAAGCAGAAGAAGAAGAGGAACAAGAGCCCGUAAAAGCCCCGGAACAAGCACCCAAAAAGGCCCCUUCGUCGCCGCCGCCGUUGUCGAAGAAGCCCACCGUUGAAAAGCCACAAUCUUCCUCCGGAUCCGAAUCUGAAUCCGACGAAGAAGGGUCGGAUUCUUCUCAACACACCCCUGAUUUCACAAUCAAACCUAACGUCCCCUCUAAUGCCCCUCCGGCCUCAAAGCCCCCCGCAAAGCGGCCUUUGGAGACCCCUGUAAAAGAAUCGGCGAGGAAGAAACUCAAGUCCGGGGAAGAAGAUGGGAAUGCGGAGGAGAAGAAGUUGCCCGGUUCGGCUUCUGCUGGGUUUGCCAGGCUGUGGAGCGAGGACGAUGAAAUUGCUGUUCUAGAAGGUAUGAUUGAUUACAAAAACCAAAAAGGGACUGACCCUUCUGCUGAUUUGUCUGCUUUCCAUGAAUUUAUUAAGGGAAAAUUACGGGCUGAUAUUUCCAGAACUCAGAUGUAUGAGAAAAUUCGGAGACUUAGAAAGAAGUUCUUUACCAAUAUAGAAAAAGGGGAUACCCCAGAUUUCACUAAGCCUCAUGAUCACAAGACUUUUGAGGUCUCAAAAAAGGUUUGGGGCAGUAGUGCAGUUAGCAAUGGUGUCAAUGAGAACACGAAAAGCCCUAAUGGGAAAGGGAAGAAGACUGCUGAAAUUAAGAAGAUUAGUGAGCCAAAGAAGAGUGCUAAAGUUAGUAACUUUGGUGUAACCAAGGAAGAGCCAAAGAAGGGUGCUAAAGUUAGUGACUUUGGUGUAACCAAGGAAGAAGAAAAGGAGAAACCCAUUAUUACCAAAGACAAGGAUACUGGGAUUUCUUUGAAAGAUGAAGGGGAUUUCAAAUCUAUGUAUCCACUUCUAGUCAAAUCCUUUGAUAAAGCGAAUAUGCCUGAUUUAUCAGAAGGGGCACUGGCAAUUUAUCAGGAAAAUUUGAGCUUGAUAGGGAGUUCCAAAGCAGAAGAGUUUGAGGAGCAGUGGACCAAAAUAUAUAAGGAAGAGGCUGAACUAUUCUUGAAGAUGACAGAUUUUAUGGGGGAACAGGUCAAAUUGAUCGUCGAAACUAUAAAGAGGUAAAUGCUGAAGCUGAAGCUUAAUGUAUUGUGGCUAGCUAUAUAGAUGUUUCUGCAGGGUGAAUUUUGAGCUUUAGAUAUUUUGAUUCCGUUCUCUGCUCUAGAAACACAAACCUGUUUUUUUAAUGAUGAUUGGUGUCAUAGGUCGGAUUGUGUUUUGUUGUAAGUUUUUUGCUUUAGAAGUUCACUUUUACAUUUUACCUUCCUAUUUCCAUAUUCAUAUGCUAAUUAUAUUCUUGAAAAGUUUAUUGUUAUGUUAUAAAAGAUCAAUUCUUAGCAAUAGUUAUCUCA